GCUGACCCAGCUCUUUCUCCAGAUAACUGAAUGUUCGCCAGCUAAACAGGACCGACCUCUCUCGUUUUCUGCGUGAGCCCUCCAGCCACAGGCGCGCAGCCCGUGGAGAGGCAUGUCACAGCUGAAAGACAGCCAACCCUCCCUGAUCUGCGUGGAAAGGCAGCAGAGCGCGACCAUUUUCCAGCUUUACGCACGGGCUGUUAACCUUCUUCUCUAUUCGCAAGCCUGAUAGAAAUCGGAUCACUUUCUGGGCUUUGUGGCGCUUCUUAAAAAUCACCUAUAUGAUAAUCAUGAUUCCCAGUCCAGCUGUAGCUGCGGCCACCACGCCCUUUUCAGUGAAGGACAUUCUAAAGCUGGAGCUGCAGCAACAGUCUCAGCAGCAACAGCUUCAGCUCAUCUCCUGCUUCGGCCUCUCCGGCGCGCUGGCACAGCCGGGAUCCUUCCCAAACAAGCCGUUCGGCUCUCACUCGCCGCCCUCCUGCAUGCUGGCGGGCAGGGACAGCCCCAGCCCCAUCAGCUCCUGCCUGUCGGAGAGCGAGGAGAGGAUGUCGUACCUCAGCGCGCUGAGCGUCCAGGACCGACUGACGGAGUCCGGGUUGACCGCGGACGUGUUCGGAGACGCGGCGCAAAUUCAUUCCGGAGACCCGCACCUGCAGAGCGAACAGGAGGAGCACGGCGGCAAAAGCUGUGGUGCUCUGAGAGGCGAGUGCGGAGAGGACACCGAGUCAGAGAAGCCCGUCACCAAGCAGCAGAGGACCAGGAGGAAGCCCCGCGUCCUCUUCUCCCAGGCCCAGGUGUUCGAGCUGGAGCGGCGCUUCAAGCAGCAGCGCUACCUGUCCGCCCCAGAGAGGGAGCACCUGGCCAGCUCCCUGAAGCUCACCUCCACCCAGGUCAAGAUCUGGUUCCAGAACAGGAGGUACAAAUGCAAGAGGCAGCGGCAAGACAAGACGCUUGAGAUCGCGGGCCACCACCAUCACCACCACCAUCAUCAUCACCACCCACCGCCGCCGCGGAGGGUGGCGGUGCCAGUCCUGGUCCGGGACGGGAGGCCUUGUCUGGCCGGAUCGCAGAACUAUAACAGUCCUUACACAGUGGCAGCUCCGAGCCCUUACAGCUACAACUACCCGGCCUACAGCUACAACAACUCUGCGUACAAUAACACAUACUCUUGCACUUAUUCUAGUUUGCCCGCACUUCCGCCGAGCAACAGUGCUCCGAAUGCGUUCAUGAACAUGAAUUUGGGCAACCUGGGCGCGCAGACGCAAAGCCAGGCUCCUCAAGGACCGGUCAUCCAACCCUGCCAGGGAUCCCUGCAAGGCAUCCGGGCAUGGUAGCUGGGACGGGCCUCAGCGGAUUAAUGAAUGGACUCAAGAUUACGAUCAUGCAAACUAUAUGUUGGCUUUAAGUAGGUGUAGCGUAUGAAGUAACCAUAAACCACAGACUGGGGUGAAUAAUGACAAUAUUCAAGAUUGAUUUCUUUAGAUCUACUCGGGCUGUUCGCAGUGUUAGAAUAUGGAUGUAAAGUGAUCCUAAAAUAACAGAAACUGAUGUUUGCAUUUCUGAAUUACAGUUAGCUUUUAAACAAUUACAUCUGGAGUUUAGUCAAUGAAAUGUUGGAUGAAGAGGAAGGGGCCUGCUUCAAUGGAGCCACAACAAAACCACAAGUCAUUGCAAGCGCUUAGUGCGUAUAAAGAAGUAUUAUGUUGGGAUUUUUACUACUCGUGUACAGCUUUACUUGUGUUUAUUACUGUUCUUUUUUUUCUUUUUAUGGAUGACACUGAACGUCUAUAAAUGCAAUAAAGCUGGCGAUUAUCAGGA